UGUUAGCAUUUUACCUUAGACAGAGAAUGAUAAAUGAUGAAUAAAAAAAAUAUUAUGUGAUAUCUAGGAGAGUGAUAAUUUUUUAAGGACUGUUGUACCCGAAUUUACCUUUACAUUUAGAAAUCCCAGUGCACGCCAAACCCAAAAAAAGACAGGGAAAGCAAUAUAACUACAAUUCCUAAGCCGGAGCAAUGAUAGGUUACCGCACAGGGUAGCAGAGAAUGUCUGCUUGUCUCCUUCAGCAGCCGCAACCUCACCAGUCACCAGUCACGAUCGUCUUAUCAUCACAGCAGCCGAGGUCACAGGUGGCCCCACAAAAUCAUACUAGUAUUACUCUGCCAAUGCCAAUUUCAUAGAUCGGCCGCAUGACUCUUCUCAUUCCCAAUCCUCUAUAUAAAGAAAGCACAAACCACCAUACUCACACAUGUUAAGUAGUAGGUUUUAUGUUACAAAUUGCACUAGAGUUGUAACAAUGGCAGUGAAUAAAAAAGAAGAUAAUCUACAGGCAGUGUGGUUUGCAGCCGGAACAGCUGUUCUGAUGGCGUGUUUGAAACGCGCCACCGUGGUGUCUCUAGUCGAGCAGUGGCGCGUGUGGGUCUUCCUCGCCCUCAACCUCUUGCUCUUGGCUAUUCUCUUCACAUCUACAUCAUCAACUAAUCAACCUCAAGAAAGCAAUUAUACAAACGAAGAACCCAACACAAUCGAGAGAAAGAAGAGAAGGAAACAAUGUAUGCGGUUCUUGUUGGAGGAUGAACAAGGCAGCAACAGCUCAAUGUUUUUUAAGAGUACUGGGAUUAUUACAAGAACUGAGAAAGAGGUGGUUGAAGAAGAUGAUGAUGUGAAACAAAUUUCGUUGUCGAAAGAGGAGCUAAAUGAGAAAGCAGAGGCCUUCAUUGCAAUGUUUAGGCGGCAUUUGAUUUCAGAUGCAAAGAAUAGAAGCAGGUCGCCUUCCCAAACUAGACGAAGGCCCCAUACAGAGCAUCCCGGUCAACUCAUAUAGUGGCAGUGGUUGUGAUAGGGCUUGUGCACUGCAGAAUAUUUGUUAUAUAUGCUACUUUAAAAGUACUGGAAGUCCAGUUAUCGGACUACAUUAUGAAAAUUUUCUAUCAAAACUUGUUCAAAAGAAUGAAUUUGUUAGUCGUUGACUAGAACCUUAAAAGAGUGAUGAAU